AUGGCGGCGAUUCAAUUUGUUCACGUGGGCAUUGGUCUGGUCCUCGCUCUCAUUCUGAAGCAGCUGGUCGCAUAUUUGCGACGUGGAUCUAAUCCUCUCCCACCUGGCCCUUCCGGUCUUCCCUUGUUAGGGAACAUCACCCAAGUGCCGCAACACCAACCAUGGCUUCGGUACCACCAAUGGGGCAAGGAACAUGGCCCAAUCGUGUAUCUGAACCUGGGAGGCCAGCCAGUGAUCGUGUUGAAUACCUUGGAAACAGCGCUAGGCCUUCUCUCCCGCCGCGGCGCACAAUACUCGGAUCGAGCACGUUUGGUGGUUGCAGGCGAGAUUGGCACCCGAGGGCUCCAUAUACUACUGCGGCCAUACAACCGCGAUUACUUGCUUCAUCAACGCAUGGAGUCGCCUCUACUGAACCCACGCGCUGCCAAUACGUAUCGCCCCUUGCAGGAUCUGGAGUCCAAGCAACUGCUCUUUGACCUCCUCUCCGCUUUCGACAGUAAUGGGGCGAAAGGUACGGAUUGCAAUCAUUGGUUUGAGCGCAUGACAGCCAGCACAGUCUAUGCCUUGCUAUACGGCUACCGGCUCAGAACCGGGAAUGAGAGGGAAAUCGUCCAUGCCAAGUACGUGCAGAUAGAGGCAAUAAAGAACAUCCAGAUGGGCGCACAUUUGGUCGACCUGUAUCCGGUUCUCAACUAUCUUCCUUCCUUCUGCGCGCCCUGGAAGAAAAUCGGCGAAGCUCUCUGGCAGCUCGAGCGCAAUCUACAUGUCGGAAACAUGAAACAGGGGCUUGCGAACCCUGGAUGGAAUUUUACCAAGGCCAUGAAAGUUAGCAAAGAGGCCAAGGACAUGUCGACCGAGGAGCUCGCCUUCGACCUCGGUAUUCUUGCAGAUGCUGCGCUCGAUACAACGACAAUGACCCUCGGCUGGUUGAUUGUCGCAUGGCUCACAGAAGAUAAAGCUUUCGUACUGAAGGCAUGGAAGAUACUAGAUGAUGUGGUUGGGAGAGACAGGCUGCCGCAGUUUGAAGACAUGCCCCGGCUUACCUAUAUCCAAGCGAUCGUCCACGAAGCAAUGCGCUGGCGACCAGUUGUACCUGGCGGUGUACCCCACAGAUAUAGCGGGUCGAAGGAUGAUGAAUACCUCGGCUACCGAAUCCCAGCUGGGUCUCUUGUCAUAGCCAACCAUUGGGGGAUUGGUAGAGACGAGUCUGUGUAUGGGCCGAACCCGGAUACAUUCAUACCUGAAAGAUGGUUGUGUAGUGAGGGAGACAAGGAAUCGAAGACCCUGAACGGCAUCAAGGACAUGUACACGCCUGGAUUCGGGUUUGGGAGGCGCGUGUGUACCGGUCAGCAUAUUGCGCGCAAUGCCUUGUUCAUAGCCGUGGCCCGGAUUUUGUGGGCCUUUGAUGUUGAGCUUGCCACUACAGAGUCUGGGGAGAAGGUUGCCAUCGAUCCGAUGGCGAAUACUGAGGGUUUCGCUGUCAGGCCAUUGCCUUUCAAUGCCGUUUUCCGCCCUAGAGGCCUCUGGGUCAAGGGUAUUAUUGGCGGGGACACCCACGACACAGAUCUUGCAAAGAUUCUGGAUCAAGUUGCGAUGGAUCAGUCUAUCAAGAAAUAG